ACAUGCUAGUCGAGCUGGAUCAGCUGACAUCAACCAGCUUCUCCUUUUGAUGCUCUUCCUCCUCCGUCGACUGGUAGCGCUUCGUAAAACUGCAUUAUAUCGCUAUCUCGGUUGUACUGGCAUCAGAUUUUAAAUUUGAGCCAAGUAUAUCUCGCUGAUUGAGCAGGUUAACCUGGCGGAUAGAUGCUGCUAGAGUGGAUGAUGAACGGACACGCCAUUCUCUAUACGGGGGACUUGGCCUUCUGGAGCACCAUACUAAUCGUCGGGAUCUGCUACACUAUAUUUGACCUGGGAUUCCGCUUUGAUGUGGCGUGGUUCCUGACCGAGACUUCUCCUUUCAUGUGGGCCAAUCUGGGCAUUGGCUUGGCUAUAUCUUUGUCUGUGGUGGGAGCUGCCUGGGGGAUCUACGUCACUGGGUCUAGCAUUAUUGGUGGUGGUGUCAAGGCUCCACGAAUCAAAACCAAAAAUUUGGUUAGCAUUAUCUUCUGUGAAGCUGUUGCAAUUUAUGGCAUCAUCAUGGCUAUUGUCAUCAGCAAUAUGGCUGAGAACUUCACCGGAAAAACUCCUGACACUAUCGGGGGGCGAAACUACCAAGCUGGUUACUCCAUGUUUGGAGCUGGUCUGACUGUGGGCUUUUCCAACCUUUUCUGUGGCAUCUGUGUCGGCAUCGUGGGUAGCGGAGCCGCUUUGGCAGACGCCCAGAACCCCAGCCUCUUCGUGAAGAUCCUCAUUGUUGAAAUCUUUGGCAGUGCGAUCGGCCUGUUCGGCGUCAUUGUAGCUAUUCUGCAGACGUCGAAAGUAAAGAUGGGUGACUAGAAGAUGAAUUCAGAUGCUGAGAAGAGAGCGAGACACUGCUGGAACAGAAAAAGAUCGAAUAUUGUGUAAAUACAUCGUAAAUUAUUUAAAUGUCUCUAUUUGCCUGGUAUUGUUUUUAACCAUCAUUCAUACAAGAGUUGGUACAUCCAUACCCUGUUCUUAUGUCUUAAGGGAAGGAUGAAUAUUGAAUAAGAAAACUGGGGAAAAAAAGUUGAGUCUGUGUUUUUCUUGUGCAUUUCAUACCUCCCUUUUUAUCAUUACAUGAUGUAAGUGAGUAAACUCUGUGAUGAUUUAGCUUGAUGAGCAGCAGAAGAAAACGGGGCAGUCUUGAGAGCCUCUGCAUUGACAGAUUCAGGAGAGGUUUACAUCGAUGACUUGGUUUGAGUGCAUCAUUUUUAUCGGACCACUCUUGUUGAAUGGUAGUUAAAAAUUUACACUGGAGUAUUUGAAAAUAUGUGUGUGUGCGUGUGUGUGUGUGUAUGCUGGACAUGUGAUCUUUUUUCCUGUGAAGCAUGAGGCUGUUUAUCGUUGUGUUUGUAGCCUGGUCUGUCAGAUGGGUUUCUUCUUUUUUUUUUUUAAAAUCUGUUCUUUGCUGAUAGGCUAAUGGUCCUAAUCCACACAGUGGCCCAGAUACAGUGAUGGAGAAUUUAUGAAGUUUAAAAAAUUGAUUACUUAACUGAAAUAAUCAGUAAAGCCAGGGGUAGGUUGCAUGUUCUUUGGGAGGUCAAAUGGGGUUUAAUCAAAUAUUAAUUUCCUUCACUCUUGAAAGUGUCAUGUUGAGCCUCAUGGAUGUGCCAUCCAUAAUACAAAAUUUUGGGUCAUCUCAAAAUUUUGACUUAGUUUGAAUCAGUAAGUCGAAAUUGCCUAACUUGAAAUUUUUAUAUAACUUUCGAAUUAGCUCUGCCUGGCAACAAGCUUCCACAAAAAUGGCCUUCAUGAAAGCUGGAAUAUUAAAAUUGCUUGAAAAAUUAAUAUGCUAGUCAGUUACUAGAAAAGAAAACAAAAUGUUACCACCAUUAAUAUCAGGUAUUUUCUCCUUUUCCUGUAGCAUUACUGUCAUUUUUCGAGGGUCCAAACCAACCUCCAGAACUUUACUGCUCCAUAAUUUUAAAAUCCAAAUUUUACACACAGCUCUUCUACGUAGCUUCAUAUGAUCUUUUUUUUUAUCAAAAUUCAGCUUUUGAAUAUGCUCAGUCGGCUGUCUUGAGUUGCAGUGUUAACUUCACAUUUAUGUUCAACAUUCCUUAAAGUUCCAUUCAUUUAUGUUUUAAAACUGAAUUGCCUGAGUAAAAGUUGAAAAGUAGCGUUUCAGGUGGUGUUAAUUUAAGAAUCUGGGCGUAACUGAUUUUCUGCACUGCCAGUAGAAUAAAAUUUAGGUGGGUGUGAAAAGCAAAAAAAGUCCUUUAAUAUUGCAAAUUAUAAUCUAAUGUGUAAUGGUGGCGUGUGUGUGUAUACACAUAUCUGGAAAAUUUCUGUUUUUGAUCAUUCCACAGAUGUGACAGACCACGGUUUAUUGUGAAUAGUCUUUUUUUUAAUUUUUUUUUUUUUUUUUUUUUCCCUUGUAAUUUUCCCUCCACUUACUCGAGUGUGAACAGUGAAGUAAACCUGGCCUCACAAAAGUGACGGAGCAGUGAGAUCAUCUUUGUUUUCAUGAACAAUAAUCAAAUGUGACGCCAGCCUCUGGAGAACCAGGCUGUGUACCAAACCCCGGGCUUUCAGUAGAUGGUACUGUGUGUACAUUAUGUUGACGUGAUGGUGACAUGGAAAACAGCUCAGUUUUUUUUUGACAUUGUGUAUAAUGAAAAUAAAAUCAGAGUUUUGUUUCUGCCUUCAUAAAUGUCCAUGAGGAAAAUAAAAUGGUUCAAGAUGUCUGGUUGUUUUUCUGUGUGUUUGAUUGUCUUUGUCUAAUAAAUGUGGCGCAUGAU